ACAUAUUUCGCAGUGGCUCACAUAAUCUGUUCCCCUCAUCUUCAGUCAUAUUUUAUUCCUCUCUUUCUUCUCCAUUUCUUCUCCCAAACCUAAUUUACAGUCCAUUGUUGCUGCUUCUGCUGCUGCUAUUUUUGCAGAGCAGCUUUCUGAUAUUUAAAAAAAAAAAAAAAAAAACUUUAAAGUAUCAUCUUCUCUCUUAGCCUUUCCCAUCCCUCUCUCUGUCAAUUGCUUUUGCCCACGUUUUAUUUUAUCUUCAAUUCAGAAUCUCAUUAAUUAAUUUGCCUUUUGUGUUUUUAUACACAAGGGGAUGUCCGCCGCCAUGGAUUUCUUGAACCAGUCGUCUCCCGAGGAAGAUGAUCGGAUGGAAAUGAUGCUGCUUCAGAUGGACAAGAUCCACGAUUUCUCCGGCUUCUAUGAAGAUCUAAAUGGGAUUCCAGUUUUAGGACAAAAUGUGGAUAAUCGCAAUAACGCAAACCCUAAUUUUUGCCCAAUUGAAAACCCUAAUUUUUAUUCCUCGGGAUUCUCGACCCUACAGCCUCCGUCGCCUGCUGCGCCGCCGGCGCAGCAAUUUCCCGACCAGAAGUGGAGCUCCGGCGGAGGACAUGAGGAUUCUGGGGAGGUCGAGCAGAACAGUAAUUCCAUGGCGGCGAUGAGGGAGAUGAUCUUCCGAAUCGCCGCGAUGCAGCCGGUCCACAUUGACCCGGAGUCGGUGAAGCCGCCGAAGAGAAAGAAUGUGAGGAUAUCGACGGACCCGCAGAGCGUGGCGGCGCGCCACCGCCGGGAAAGAAUAAGCGAGCGGAUCAGGAUUCUGCAGCGGCUGGUCCCCGGCGGGACGAAGAUGGACACGGCGUCGAUGCUGGAUGAGGCUAUUCAUUACGUAAAGUUUCUUAAAAAUCAGGUGCAGUCUCUCGAACGCGUGGCGGCGAAUAGACCGCCGCCCGCCGCCGCCGCCGCCGGAAUUGGGUUUCCGGUGUCGUUGCCUGGUGGGAAUUCCUUCUUUCCUGCCGAUGCCAAGCGUUACCGUAAUUAAUUCAAAUUUUGUUUGUACUUUGGCCAAUAAAACUCAUCGUCAUUACCAAUAAUGGACCUAUACAUAUAGAUAACAUAUAUAUAUAUAAAUGGUGUAAAGAAAUCUCUAUUUUGGAUGUGAACGUACUGUUAUUGUUUCAAAAUGAUCAAUAAUAGUCCUGCAAUCUUUGAAUUUGAUUGCAUCAGAUAAUUAAAUCUGGGUUUUUUAUU